AAGAAGAAGAAGAAAAAGAAAAGGUACAAAAGAUAGCACAUGAGUGAAUUAUGUGUAACACUUUUUAAGGAACAAGAAACCCUCUUGUACGAACCAGACUCAGAGGAAGAAAAUUAUUUCUUUCAAGAUUUUUCAGAAGAGAGCAGCAAAAAUACAAAAAAGAAGAAACGAACGAUCGUACAUCGUAUAGAAGAUGAACCAAAGAAAGUGUUUGAUCUGUCUUCAUUUGCAAAAGACUUGCAUGAUAAUAGAUUAUCAGUCAUUCAACCACGCCAGAGCACGAUUAUCAUGACAGAGGAGGACGAAAAACAGCUAGAGACACUAUUACAACAAAGGAAACAGAUGGGUAGCUCCGAGUCUUUAUUAGUCAUUCGACAGCCAUCUCCUUUACCUUCUAUAGAAAGAAAACCUUCACACCAUGAGACUAUUAAAGAAGAAGAAGAAGAACAGAUUGUACCUCAACUAUCAAAUCAUCAUUCGGCUGCAAACAGUGUAUCAAGCACGAUAAGUACUGUGUCAUCACACAUGAUAAAAGAAGAAGAUGGGAUGAGUGAAAAAAUAGAAAUUGAUGAUCCUGUAGAGACCAACAUAGAUCCAUCUUUUUCUUCUUCUCCUCGUCCUCCUAUUAUUACUCCGCAACAGGAGAUACCAUCACCAAUAGCACCACCAUCAUUACCUCCACCUCCGAUCCCAUCAUUAGCAGCGGCAGCAACAAUAACAACAACGAAAACUCAGCCUGUUUUGGAUCUAAAAAGUUCUAAGAGCACCUCCUCUAUUCAAUCCAAUAUAAAACGAUCUACAUCGACUACAAGCAAUACGAUUAUAAAAACCCCUCUGAAUAGAAAAAAAUCAGUACUACAAGAGGAAGCCAAGAGUCCAAGGAAAUCAAUUAGUAUGGACAAUCUGAAAGCAAUAGACAUCAAACCCGUCAAGAGUCCCUCUAGAAGUCUCUUUGGCAGUCUACGCCAAGUGAGUCGAAGCAAGACGACAAGCAGCGGCGGUCAUUCGUCACCUUUCAAGGGCCUUGUUCGUAAUAUGAGCACAUCUCAUAAACCGACUCAUGGCGGUAUGUCGAGAGCAGCCAUGGCCGUUAUUCAACACGAACAGCAACAAGAAAAGGAACCCAAGCGUGCGACGAGUCGACUGAUUUCUCAAUUAAUUUCAAAAGCAGCUAGGCACAGAAACAGCAACACAAGCACAAAAAUUGUAAACAUGAAUGAAAACAAUACGAAUAGAGCCCAGGUGGUGAGGAGAACGAUCAUCUAUGUUCAGCCAGAUUCGCUUCAUGAUUUACUCAAGAACGGCGGGGAAGGUACCAAGAUUGCCAGUUCUCGUGUCUCUGACGGUUCGCUCUCUCCAGAUGACGAGACAGUCAGGUCAAAGGAAUACGUGACGGCAACCAAGAUUGUUCGUCAGACAUCGGUUCGUAAGCGCGUUGUGAAUAACCCAGAGGACGACAAGAAGAGAUGGCAGCUGAAAAGCAUGGAUGAACAUGACCUGGCUGUGCCAGCCAAGGAAGAGUACAUGGAAGGUCUCGAGUUACGAGAAAUGUCGGACGGUUCUGUUAUUUGGGGUAUCGUCAAACAACAAGGUAACCGUAAGAGCUUCUUUGCACCAGAUAAUAUGUAUGUAGAGGAAGAUGAAUUACCUCCUCCUAUUCCCAAACGAUCACCCAAGAGACAAGUCCUGGCCGACAAUGAUACUGAUAUCUAUUAUUCUAAUGAAGUAACACUACCCAAUUUGCUAAAAAUGAUGGAACAACAAGAAACUCAUCCUGGCGAUGAGCUAUCUGUUGAUGAUCAGUUGGAUGAAAUGAUGCGUAUUUUGACCAGUCAGCAAUGAUUUGCUUAUGUAAUAUCACAGUCUAUAUUAUAAGCUCCCAAAAAUUUCAUCAUCUUUAAAUAUUCAAUACUACAUCCUUUAUGUGUAAAUUAAAUAAACAAGUCCAAU